GAGAGCAGCAGCGCGCGGACACAGCACAGGUGAACGCACGAGCCUCAACGUCCGCAGGAGGAAGCGAACAGCGAAGAAGAAGAAGGAGCCCCCGCUGCCAGGAGGCUUUCAGAGAAAACUCUGUUUUUAUCCGCGCGGGUCGGUUCCUCCCGGUGCCUCCUCCUCCUCCUCCCUCCUCCUCCUCUUCCUCCUCCCUCCCGCCGGUAUCGAUCUAUCAGCGGCUGAUUACCGAUCAGAUUUUCUCUGGCUCGACGCUUGUUGACUACAGCUGAUUCGGGAAGGACAGGGAAGUAGGCAAGUGGAUUUGUGACGGAAGCAAGAGGACCACCGAACCGAACCGAGCCGAGCCGCACCGGGAGAUGGAGGGCAAAGAGAAGGCACCGGCAGAGCCGCAGCUGAAGGGCAUCGUGACGCGUCUCUUCAGUGAGCAGGGCUUCUUCCUGCAGAUGCAGCCCGACGGGACCAUCAGUGGGAACAAGGACGAGAACAGCGACUACACUCUGUUUAACCUGAUCCCAGUAGGUUUGAGGGUUGUGGCCAUCCAGGGAGUGAAGGCUGGACUCUACGUGGCCAUGAACGCAGAGGGAUUCCUCUAUACAUCAGAUGUGUUCACAGGAGAGUGUAAGUUUAAGGAGUCGGUGUUUGAGAACUACUACGUCAUCUACUCGUCCACGCUGUACCGGCAGCACGAGUCGGGCCGGGCCUGGUUCCUGGGCCUCAACAAGGACGGAGUCAUCAUGAAGGGGAACCGAGUGAAGAAAACCAAACCCUGCUCACACUUCGUCCCGCGACCCAUCGAAGUCUGCAUGUAUAAGGAGCCGUCGCUGCACGAGCUCGAGGAGAAGCUGCUGAAGGAGAGCUCGAGGAGCCCGACGCUGAACAUCGGCGAGCGGGCGAGGAGCCGGGAGCGUCAUGAGGAGCAGCAGGAGGACUGCACAGAGCAGGACGGAUCAUAGCCUGCAGCGCCCCCCACAGGCGGAGGAGGAGGAGGAGGCGAACUCCCAUUUUAACACUCCCUCUGUUCAGCAACAAAAGCAACUACAACCACACCAACGACAACAACCGCCACGGCGACGACGAGGCGACGACAACGAAAACAAAGAAAAAAAGAAGCUAAAAAAAAAAAAUCUUCUCGCUUGUGUUGAAAUAUUUUAAAUCUAACGGGGGGGGGCUGGUUUGAAAAAAAAAUAUCAGGACGUUGAUGAUGAUUUACAUUUUAUGCAAAAAGCCCUGCUGAUACGGCGCCCGGAGGCUAGCACACCUACUCUUCAUCGCCACAUUGUAAUCAUCAUCAUCAUCACUGUCACGAUGAUGACAAAAUGUUUCCGUGUCGAGCGAGCGCUGAGAACUCCGAAGCUUUAAGCCAUGUAGAAACUUCACUUCCUUUCAUUUCUUAAUGAAUGCAAAAACUUUCGCACUUUCGACACAACGCGCUUCUUCUUCUUCUUCUUCUCUGUGUUGUUCUGUCCAAUCAGGAAGAAGAGUUUCGUCUUCUUCAGCUGCCACUUCUUGUUUGUUUCUGUCUGUUUUUUCGGGUUGGGGAGUCGUGGGUUUUGUUGCAGACACUGCCGAUAAACAGCUUCAGAGGGAACCGAAUCCUGAUCCUUCCUGUUCAGACCGGACUGUUUCCCCUGGAGGUCGGUCAGGUCACCGGCUUCAUGUUUGAGAUUUUAAUUCAGUCGAUGAUCAGAACAGAAACAUUCCUGUAUUUUUCAAAUCAUCCGUCGCUUUUUACACUGAUUUCCUUCCUUUCAGACAGAAACUGCUUUCAGUUCAUUUCUAUGAAAAUCAACUUCAGAGACUCAUAGAGAGAUAAUCCAUCCGAAGGUGUGGGGCUGCACAGUUAGUCGAAAUAUUAUCCAAAUCGCAGAAGCUGCGGCUUUCUGAUGAAGGUCAAAUGUGUGACAGCUUUAUAAUGAAGUACUGUAGCGCUGCAGAGACGUCCUGGACUACAGAUCUUCUUCUCCAGAUGGAAGAAAACGUGACAAAUGUCACAUCAUCGUGAUUUCAAUAGUUUUCUUUAGUGAAAGUGAAAAUUGUGACGCAAUAACGAUCAUUCCCACUAAUCGUGAAUCACAUAUAUAAUCGUAGUAUCAAAAUAAUCGCUUCAAUAAUAAUGUUCAAACAAAUGAAUAUACAUGCAAAGAGUUUUUUUCUGCCCUGAGUAGUGUCUACAGGCUUUGCUCUUAGGCUGCAUAAAACCACUCAACUCAACUAACAAGAGGGUUAGGGCAGCCUGAGAGGCUAAACCCAGGGCAAACAAAGCUUCACGUCCUUGCUGCUGCUUGUAGUUAAUUGCCAUGCAAGGUAACAAUUAAAGGUGACCCAGAUGAGCGUGUAUUUUUUAUUUGCAUUUUUUGUUUUAUUUUUAACUCGAUAGAUUUUAGCAGCCGAACAGUAAAUGCAGCACACACCUGCCACGUCACGCCAUUUGAGGUUUUUGUCAGCGCUGGGAUUUAGGACAGCGGUGUAUUCUGGCAUGUUGAUCACACGUCGUAUCAUCUUGAUGCAGACGAUGUGCUGGUUUACCAAAAAUUAAAGGGGUGCAGGUGUUCUGAUGCACCUUAUAUGCUGGACACUGUUGAGAGAGACGUUAGUGAGUAAAAGCGGAAAUUACGCCCUUGAAUCCAUCGCAUUUAGUUAACUUUAGUUUUUGUCUUCAUGUGGUAUUACAAGUUGAGAGCAGAGACCAUUUUCAAAACCCAAAAGUUAAACAAUAAGCAAAGAUGGACAUGAAUUUGGUCUCUUGAUCUCUUAGUUGCCGACUCUUGAGUCUCUGAUGUCGGGGGGUCCUUAAACACAGACAGUUUCCAGCUCUUACAAUACACCACCUGAUAUUUCAUACAAAUAAAACAGACAGCAAAGCUGACGGCGAUGGAUUUUCAUAGAAAAGAAGUGAAACCAACGGCUCGGUCUAAAAACUGAUGAUGAUUUGGAAAAUGAUGAGCAGGAAGUCGGAAGGAGGACACGGAGCCGAUCAGCUGAAACACAAAACCAACAGAGUGAAGAGCUUCCUCCUGUUUCUGUCUUCGUGCUGCGUUCAGGGUCCGAUCACAGUGUUGAAAAGUUGCAGGCAUGAUUUAUUGCGACACUAACAGCUGCUGUGUAACUGUGAUCCGGUCUGAACAGGCAGAACCGAUAUGAAAACUUACGCACGUUGUCCUGUUCUGAACACGACUGUAUGUUUUGUUUUCAACUCAGCAGACCCGACCUGUUGUUGUGAUGCAGUUGGCCACGCUGAGCUCUGAUUGGUGCACGUUUAAAAAGGGGCGUGGUGAUUUCGAACAUGUUUAUGUUAUGUACAAUAAGUUGCAGACGUCGUGUUGGGAAACGACACGCCCUGUUCAGCCCACGGGCCAAUCAUAUGAAGGAGGCGGGGUUUAUGUUUAGAUCCGACCAAAGGCAACCUGAUGAUGUCAUCAGCAGGCUCCCCCAAUCAGCAUUACAGCAGUGUCUCCAGCUACAUGAUUGGUUCUUUUUGUUAACGGCUGAUUAUUGAUGUUUUUGGGGAUUGAAUCGAUUUUUAUUUUCAAAUUGAACCGACAAUGAACGGCUCAGCUUUAAGCAACAGCGGCACGUCGUCGACGUUGCAGCUGAUUAUUAGUAAUUGAUUACUUUCUGGGAACCUGGACUCACACAAAAACAAACAAAAGUGUUUUUCUUUAAAUUUCCUCAUGAAUCAGAUAUAGUUUUUCUUGCUCAGGCUGUCAUGAAGACUCAGCUUUGGGUUUAAUUAUAGUUUUUUAAAUUAUUGAUUAUUGGCCGUCUGUCAACACGUCAUAUCUCUAUAACAAUACAGUUAAGAAAAACCUAAAACAUGUAUUUCCUGUUCCUAUGGGGUCGAAGUGUGAAGCCGCAAAGCUGACAGACAUCGACGUAUUUAUCACGCAGCCCGGAGUCUCCGGACUUCGUACUCGUGAUGCGUUGAAGGAACCUGGGAUUUGGGACGUUGGCACAGACAGAGGACGGUGAUGCCAUGAUAAGAAAAGUAAAGCACCCCCCCCUCUGUCUCCUCCAUAAAGUGUUCCAGCAUCACCGUCCUCUCCUGGUCUCAGUUCCCGGUCUCUGUGGGAUCUUUUACCACAGUGUUGUGUUCAGGUGUCGGCUGAUGAGAGGAUUUGGUAACAUAUUUAACACUGCCCUGCUUCGUCUAGGCGAAAAGCACUGCCCUGUAAAGUGUAAGCUGUUUUACUCCGACCUCGUCUGAACGUCACGAUCGUCACUCCUGAAAAGCCAAACACAAGCGACGGCGUUCAGGACACGCUGCUGGUCUCAUUGAUUUUAAACGUAUGUGAACGACGCUGAUUAUUUGUCUUUCGAUUGAUUUUCUUCCUUCCAGCCGUUGGUUUCACUUCUGCAGAAAUCAACUUGUGCUGAAACACGACGCAGCGGCGGUAUGUUCCUGUGAACGGCUGUGUGAAAAAAAUAAUAACACACGUGAUUAAUUAUUUUUUUCCAGAAUGUAAAGUUCAGACGUUCAGACUGAGUCGCUGCACUGCCCUCUCCAACCUCCACGGCUUUUCUUCUUCUCUUACUCAAACCCUUUACUCGUCUCAGAAGUUGCUGACCGGGUUUCCCAAAAGCGUCUCGGCCCUUUCCCAGUUUACAAAGAUCAACAAGUCGACCUCCACUUCCUGUGUUUCACGAGACGCACUCAGCCCUUCAAACGACGGCCUGCCGUCCUCUAGAAGUUCUAUCACUGCCUUCGCUUUUCUCAACGGGAGAAAAUAAUGUGUUUGAAACGUUUUAUACAGCUGCUGAUGACGAGAGAAGCAGGAUGUAUGGAAUAUCGUUUGUGCCGUGAUUUUUACUUUGCACAGUUUUUAAAUUUCUGCUGGUUUUUACAAAUCUGUGAAAGGUUCUGAUUGCUAGUAGUCUGGUUUGAUUUGUGGUUUUUGCUCACAUCACAGAGACAAAUCGUGUCGCAGUGAAGCUCUCAUUACAGAAACAUCUCUGGAAAUUCAGUGACAUUUUUCUAUAAUGUCAUUUUAGCAUUUUUCAAGUUUCAUGUUCCUGCACGCUAUUUCGGCCCUCAGACCACUGUCCGAGGGAUUGUUCACAGUAUUUCCGACAUGAAAAGAAGUAGAAAAAACGUUUUGAAUGUUUUUAAAUGACCUCUCCGCGUCUCAAUCAGAAGAAGGUAAAAGCCAGAUUUAUAAACUGACAUUCAUACUUUGCAUCAGGGAUCAAAACGUGGCAAAAUGUUAAUUAAAGGCCAAAUGUGGAAAUUGAAAUUUACUGCAUUUCAGACACAAACGAUUUGGGAUAAAGGAAAGAAAAACAAAAAGGAAAUGACUUCCCAUGAAACAAUAUAGUAGAAAACAGUUCAACACAGCGUAAAGAUUUUCUUGUGUUAAUGAGCAAAAAGAUAAAUGUGAGCUCCGACUGCAGACGGAUUAUUAGUUUGGGGUUUGAAAGCGGCAGAUUCAAUUCAUGCAAAGAUGAUUUUUGGGAAACUCAGUCACCUCCCAUCAGCCGACAUCAGCUGACGCAGGAAACUUCGAUAACACGACACAUAAAAACGUAUAAACGUGUAUAAAGACUUAUAGUUUGUAGUGUUUUUGCAGGGUGACGUCACACAGAUUAGAAAUAAUAACUUUUUUGCAUGUGGAAAAAAAUAUUCAGAAACAUUAUUUCACCUGACAGCUGAACUGUUGUGCAUGCUCCGCUAUUAAACACGCUGCUGUCUGUGCCGCCAUUUUGAACUCAGUUAAAAGUGACGAAACCAGGAGGUGAGAGGAGGCGGAGUCAGGGUGGGCGGGGUCAUAGAGGUUGACUCUUAUUGGCUGAUUGUUUUCUUUUGUGAGAUGCACAUUUUUGAUUUUUGUAUUUUGUUGGUUUAAAAUGGACGGAUGGAUGGAUUGAAGGACUGAUGGAGGGAAAGGAACGAACCAAUCACAAUCCACCGUACUGCCUCUGAGAAAGUCUUCCAGUUUGGGGUUUGGGGUCGGGCCACGAGGAUUGUAGAGACCGACGGAAACACUCGCAGUGCUUUACUGUUUUCUGUUCUGGUCCAAAGGGACGUUAAAUGUUUGUGACGAGUGAAUGAUCUCCAGCUCAAGUUUCUACACAACGAACCCGUCGACAGGAAUGUCAACGCGGGCGUCCUUUCUGUCACGUCUGCUUCUACACAGCAGGCCGAAUGAAACCAAACAGCCUCGCCGCCUUCACGUCACGUCACGUCAAGGGUUUAUUUGUUUGUGGGAACUCGAAGAACGAAGAAUUUAAAAAAAAAAAAAAAAGGUGGAUUUGGAAAAUGAAAUAACAGUUUUGGAAUUUAAAGACACGCCUUGAUUUAAUUCUUUUAAUUCUUCUUUAAUUUUUGUUUUGUUUUGUUUUAUUCCUGCAAAUGCAUUUGUGAGUUCAUAUUUUUUCAAAUACCAACAAACUUUGUGGGCAAAGAUUUUUGAAAAUGAAGCCAUUGUAGUAUUUGAAGAAAAUAUAGAAAGCGAAAAAUAAUUUUGAGAUGAAUUUACAAAAUGCAGUCUGUCCGUCUUCUAAAUCCCUCACAGCUUUACAAAGAUUUGAGAAGGUCUGAAGUUUGUAGCUGUGACUUAAAUGUGCGUGUGCACGUGUAAUGUGUAAUCUCACUGUUGAUCGUUUGAGCACAAAUUUUAUUUAGACGUUCUCGAGUCUACACAGACUUGAAUUUCUCAGAUUCUCUCAAGUUUGCAAUUCAAACGAAGGCUUUGAAAUUCAUUUGAAUAUAAUUCCACAAGCAAAAGCUCGUACUGGCCCUGAACUGACUAACGCCAUAGGAACGUCACAAAGAAUCACCUAAUGCUGCAUUCACAUCCUGUGGGAUAAAACGUAGAUGGGAAAGCUUCCCACCGGUCGGGAAAUGAGAGUUACAGAAAUGUUGGCAUGACUUGAACGUGGCCUGAAGGCAGCGUCGGUAUGUAAAGUAGAACGAGCAGAAAGGACACUCUGCAGGUAAAGUCUGUGAUUUCAGAGAGACCAGCAGGUCGACUCAGAGGUUUCACAUCCCAGUAAAUUUCCAGAAAUAUCUCAUAACUUUCUGAUAACAUUUGUAUUUUUCUCUCCAUCAAACUGAUAAAAAGUGACCGAAGCUCCAGCUGAAGCCUGCGAGUCGACCUGCUGACUCUCACUGUAACUUUAUCCAAAAACAAUAAGAGACUCGGCCCGUAGGGAGCGCUGUCGCUGUUGCUUGGAGAAGUUCGCAGCACUGCCGACGUCCACCGGCGCAAAAUGAUGAUGUCAUUACCAAGCGACAGAGGCCCUCUGGCGGUGAACGGAGAGGGGCGGGAGGAAGACGAGCUGUCGCCAUGUUGUCUUUGUCGAGCCUGAAAUCUCUUGAUCUUUCUUUGUGUUUGCUGAUGUUUGCACCUUUUCUGAGACACCUUCAUAUAACGCAUCAUAUAUUAGAAAACUCAUCGCAAAUACGCAGCAGGAUGAAAAAGAUCAUUGAAAAAUAAAAAAGAACGAUAUAAAA